CCUAAGAAGCAUUUGUUAGGUAAACAAAAGAUGUCCGGUGUUUGGGUUUUCAAGAACGGUGUGGUUCGUUUAGUCGAGAACCCUGGUGCUGAGCCGUUGGACGGUAACCGACAGGGUUCGAGCAGUAGUGCCCGUCGCAAGGUGCUCGUGCAUGUUCCCACCAACGAAGUGAUCACUUCCUACGAGGAUCUCGAACUUAAGUUGUUGUCACUCGGUUGGGAGAGGUACUAUGACGACCCUGAUCUCCUUCAGUUCCAUAAACGAUCCACUGUUCAUUUGAUCUCUCUUCCCAAGGAUUUUAACAGAUUCAAGUCCAUUCACAUGUACGACAUCGUCGUUAAAAACCGGAACAUGUUCGAAGUUAGGGAUAUGUAAAACCUAGUGUUGCGCUGGCUGCAGCAUGCACUGUCCUCCUUUGUUUUUUUUACCAUUAUGGAAUAUGAUUUAUGUUUGUGUGUAUUUAUAUAUACAUAUGA